GUAUAGGAAAACCAGCUAUGCCACUUGCCAUAGCCUAGAACACCCCCAAGCCCCAGAGGCACUCUGGCACUGGAACUGAUUUUCCAGAGGCAGCAUGGACAUCAAGGAGUAUUUUGCCAGAAUUUCUUACCAGGGCUCCCACAAUAAGCCAGACCUGGCUACCUUGUCAGAUAUAUUCCAGCACCACAUCCAAGCUGUCCCUUAUGAAAACCUCAGCAUCCACUGUGGAGAAAGAAUUGAGCUGGACCUGGAAGUGAUCUACAACAAGAUAGUGAGGAACAAACGUGGGGGCUGGUGCAUGGAAAACAACUACCUUCUGUCUUGGGUGCUGAAAACUCUUGGCUACAACAUCACCCUUCUGGGAGCAAAAGUUUAUGUCCCAGAGCGCGAUGCCUAUCCAGAUGAAAUCAAUCAUCUGCUGCUACAAGUGGAGCUUGAUGGCAAAUCCUACAUUAUGGAUGGGGGAUUUGGGAUGGCCUAUCAGAUGUGGCAGCCAAUGGAGCUGAUUUCAGGGACAGAUCAGCCUCAGACUCCUGGGAUCUUUCGUUUUCAGGAGGAAAAUGGGACCUGGUACUUUGAGAAAGUGAAAAGGAAGCAGUGGGUUGUGAACCCAAGCACCUCGACUUCCCCAGAUGUGGAAAAUGAAGUUUGCCGUCGGAUUUACCUCUUUACCCUUCAGCCACGAGACAUUGAGGAGUUCAUGGGCUGCAAUGCCCACCUGCAGACAGCACCUGACUCAAAGUUUGUUUUGAAGUCCAUGUGCAGUCUGCAGACUGCUGACGGCAUCCGGGAACUGGUGGGGUGGAAACUCACUGAGAUAAAGUACAAUUAUAGGGACAAUAUGGAUCUUGUGGAAAUCAGAAUCCUUGCAGAUGAAGAAAUAGAGAAAACACUGAAGGAGAAAUUCAGUAUAAUACUUGACAAGAAAUUUGUACCUGUUGAUACCCCCAGGUUCUUCUAACUCACUGCCUGAAUUACAAUUCAGUUCAGUGGCAUUACAGGCAAUUCUUCCCUCUCUUUCUGGCAAGCAUCUAAAGGUUAAUCUUUCUCCUUCCAACUAUGCCAGUGUAAGGCAGAACAUACUAUCCUGAAUCUGGAAAACAAAGGGGUUCACACAACUAUUCCUGCAUUUCUUUUUAGGUUGGGCACCAAUACUCUCUGCCCAGCUCAAUCAAAUCAUUACCCUUCUGUUUGUGCUUAGUGGGUGGCAGACUCAGCCCAUUCCCUACAGUUUUCAACUCUUAAAAGCUUUUCUGAACACACUCAGUGUAGAGGGCAGAAUGAUGGAGCUGAAUGUCUUCAGAUUUUUUCCCCCUUAAAUUACAGCAUGUAUUCCCAUAGUAA